AUGCCGCCUGACUGGCUAUACGCGAUAUUCCUGAGCCUCGUUUUUGCGGGCUCUGGAGCCGCUAUCCAACUUGACCUUCAAGAUGAGCAGUCGAUCAAGACCGCAGCUGCGACAGCAGCCUACAAUAUGAUGAGCUAUUACCACGGAAAUGAGUCGGGCCAGACCCCUGGAAAGCUUCCCGAUACAUGGUGGGAAGGUGGCGCAAUGUUUAUGACCCUGAUCCAAUACUGGUUCUGGACCGGCGACACGUCCUACAACGAGGUGACCACGCAAGGGAUGCUGUGGCAAAAAGGCCAUGACGACUACUUCCCCGCCAACUACAGUAACUACCUUGGAAAUGAUGAUCAGGUCUUCUGGGGGCUGGCCGCCAUGACCGCUGCCGAGCUGAACUUUCCUGAUAAAGAAGGGGAGUCGUCGUGGUUGUCCCUGGCGCAAGGCGUUUUCAACACCCAAGUCCCGCGCUGGGAUAACUCCAGUUGCGAUGGGGGCCUCCGAUGGCAGAUUUGGCCCUACCAGGCUGGGUAUACGACGAAGAAUGCCAUCUCCAACGGUGGUCUGUUCCAGCUGGCGGCUCGUCUGGGUCGGUACACUAAGAAUCAAACUUAUAUUGACUGGGCCGAAAAGAUCUGGGACUGGAGUGCCACUACCCCGCUGCUGAAGACGGCUGACUGGAACAUCGCCGAUACCACUACUACUGAGGCGAACUGCCAGGAUCAUGGGGAUCUGCAGUGGACAUACAAUUACGGAACUUACCUGAGCGGAGCUGCAUACAUGUACAAUUUGACCGAUGGUGAUGGAAAGUGGAAGGAAGCCAUCGAUGGCUUGCUCGGAACCACGAUGGCCAAAUUCUUCCCCCAUGAGUACGGCGGGGACAUCAUGUCGGAGAUUUCCUGUGAGCAGAGUAUGAUGUGCGACCGUAACCAAGACUGCUUCAAAGGCUUUCUCUCAUCUUGGUUGACCUUCACCACUACGAUUGCCCCCUUUACACAAGACCAGAUCCUCCCCAAGAUCCAAGCCUCAGCCCAGGCCGCAGCGAAACAAUGCUCUGGUGGCGACUCCAAGACCGACUGUGGGCGUAGUUGGUACAAACAAGACAAGUGGGAUGGCUCGAAGUCGCUGGAGUCGGACAUGAGCGCGUUGAGUGUCCUGUCGUCCACCAUGAUCGCUCACAAGAAGGAGCACCACGCACCCUUAACGGCGGACACCGGUGGCACCAGCAAGAGCAACCCCAGCGCAGGAUCGGGGCACAAGGAUCAACAGGUAGGUACGCCGAAGCCGAUCACGACUGGUGAUCGGGCUGGCGCUUCAAUUGUAACGUUCUUCUUCGCGUGUGGCUGGGUGGCCUCGGUGAGUUGGAUGGUCUAUGGUGGAUAG